CAGGGCAUGCUGUAUAAAUCAUUAACGUAUAAAGAGACGCUUUGCUGAGGCUCACACCUCUGGGGUUUGACACAUUGCUCUUUGUCAUAUGACUUUCAUUUCCUGGUACAGCCAACCCAGCGCCGCUGACUCUGCGUCCAUUGACUGGUUUCAUUUUAUCUCUGGAGGCUGAGAGUCCAAAACCAACAGCGAUCAUGUCCCGAUUUGUUGCGUUUGUUCUCCUCUUCUCCUUUGGAGUCGUGAUCCACUUGUCCCAUGGCGUUGAAGUUAAUGUCACAAAGGAGGGGAAGUUAUGUCUGUAUGCCAAUCUAAUGCUCAACUUCUCCGUCUCCUAUGAGGUAGCUGGGAAUAAGAAUCAAACGGUUGUGAUUGAACUUCCUGCUAAUGCCACAUCAAACAGCAGCACUUGUGAUGAGAAAAGUCCGACAUUGACGCUCGAUUUUGGAGCCGGAAACUCCUGGAGUGUCAGCUUCACCUCAGAUAUGAAGAGUUACCACGUCGACACGGUUACAUUUACCUACAAUCUCAGUGACUCCACAUUCUUCAAAAAUGCUUUGUCAAAUGACACUGUAACCGUGUCGCCAAAGACCAACUUUAAUCCAGUUCCUUUGAACACCUCCUACUCCUGCAACAGUGAAUUCCAGAUCACAGCACCCCAGGUCAACAUGACGCUGUGGAAAGUUCUUUUACAGGCUUUCAUCACCAACGGCAACAGGAGUGAAAACUAUACCAGUUGUCCUGCUGAUGCACCCACCCCUACUCCCACCCCUUCUGUCACCAACACCACAACUCCUGCUCCCGUGACCAACACCACAACUCCUGCUCCCGUGACCAACACCACAACUCCUGCUCCCGUGACCAACACCACAACUCCUGCUCCCGUGACCAACACCACAACUCCUGCUCCCGUGACCACCACCCCCACACCCACCCUCCCCACUCCAUUUACUGGGAACUACACCCUUAAAUCGAAUGAAACCGUCUGUCUGUUGGCCAACUUCGGCCUGCGGAUCAGUCUCAAAAUUAAGGAGAAAUACCAGGAGAUGAACUUUGAACCCGUCGGUGCUGAGGUCUCUGGAUCUUGUGGCACCAACAUCAGUGAGCUUGUGUUGGGGAGUGAUCAGAUGAAUAUCACGUUCACUUUCAACAAUGACACCAAGAAAUUCCUCCUGCACGAUCUGAGCAUCAACGUGAAAACGAGUUCUGGCGUGUUUAACGCGAGCAGCACCAACCUGACCCUGUGGGAGGCGAGCAUCGGCAGCUCCUACAUGUGCAACAAGGAGCAGAACUUCACCAUCAGCGACCAGCUUAGCCUCUUCACCUUCAACCUGCACGUGCAGCCCUUUGGAGUGAAGAAGGGUGUCUUCAGCACAGCCCAUGAAUGUUCAUUGGAUGACCCCAGCAUCUUAAUCCCAAUCAUUGUUGGCGCCGCUCUGGCUGGCUUGAUUAUCAUUGUAGUGAUCGCUUACGUGAUUGGUCGAAGAAAGACCUAUGCUGGAUAUCAGACCCUUUAAAUUCAGUUUUGUCACAGGAUUCUCCAAGCCUGGUCCUCGGGUUUUUAUGUAGUUGUUUAAUUGGCGUAUUAAAAAAAGAAAAUAAAAGUCUCAGAUGGAUUAAUUCUGGAAAUUAUCUAAUGAUGUUGUAAACAAUUCAAAAUAAUAAAAAAUUGGGUGAAAAACUCCAUUUGUCAUCAACAGAAUCGAGGACCAAACUUGUCAAUUCUCUGAAGUUUUUGUUUUUAUCUCCUCCCCAUGUCUCCAGUCCUCCUUUGUUCUUGUGUUUUAUUUUAACAGGCAAGUGCAAGAUCCUCAAAUCGUUUCAAUAAAUUCCAUUUUAAUUUGUCACAUGAAAGAUUAAUCUGUGCAAUACGUGUGGUGUUCAGGUGGAAGAAGACCUGAACGUUUAAUACGAAAUCAGAUCCACAGCUUUGACAUCCUGCACUUGCUCAGCAGACAUUCCCCCUUUUUUUUGUUUGCUGGUUUUUGUCACAUAUCUUUUAAGCACAUUUAUGAUUUGGCGUUUCUUUUUCCCCUCUCAUCAAAAUGUAUCUGAGUGAAAAUGAGAACAGUAGCCAUUUUCUAACACCAAUGAUUGCCCUCUAGAGAGGUGGGUCCAACACUGGUCCUGGAGAGUCCCUACUCAGCAUGUUUUGGGUGUUUCCCUGCUCCAACACACCUGAUUAGAAUCGGUGGUCAUUAACAGGCUUUUGCAGAGCUUGACAGGCUUCUGAACAGGUAUUUCAAUCAGGUGUUGGAGCAGGGAAACGACUAAAACAUCCUGGAUAGCUGCUCUCCAAGGCCGGGGUUGAGCUCACCUGGUUUAGAGAGAUGUUAAAAGGAAAAAAAAAAACAUUUUGUGCCUGUUUGUUCCUGUAGAUCAGGAGAAAUGUCAGGUUUUCAGUCCUUACUGUGUGAACGUGUGUUACUCUGCAGACAUUUCAUCUCAAACUCCAGUUUAAACCCAUGUUUGUGGCUCAUUAACAUUUCACGUGUGAAGGUAUGGAUUUCACACCCGCUAGUCAUUUUUUUAUUUGCACACACUCCACUCAGAAAUCUCAACAAAACUAAAGGUUUCAUUCUUUUUUUUUUCUUUUUUUGCAUUUUGUUUUGACAGAAUACGUGUUGGCAUUAGGGUUAGAAAAAGGGACGAUACGAUGGUGUAUUCACUUUCAGCCUUGGCGAUUCUAAAACCAAGAUAUUUACAUAGAAAUGCACUAAGUUCAUGCUUCGCUUGAGGGGUUCUCUUUCCUGUGUACGCACCCGGAUCAGGGGACGUUAAAGUUCCUGCAGAUCUGGUUCCACGUUCAUUCUAAAAUCCUAAAACGAUUUAGUAUGAGAAAGGUUGUUGUUGAUUCAGAGAGCUGCUGCUCAUUAGAAAUACUGGAAACGGCUACAGUAGCCUGGCUCUGUGUAAAACAACAGUUUUUAUUCUGUUUGUAUGUUUUGUUUAUGCUAUCAGCUGUCUAAAAAUCCUAAAGUUGUGUCUUUAAUUAAUCUGGACUGUGCUCCUUCUACCAGAUUACCCAGAAGCACCAGUAAAACCCAUCAGCUUUGAGUGUGUGGGACAUAAUCUCAUUAAAAGGCUUUACUUAUUGUGGGGCCAGUUGCUCGUUGGAAAGGUUUCAGGAUUGUUAAAAUCAGGGAACUGGAGGAGAUUAGGGACAGAUCAGUCACAGGAAGUCUGCGUGACGCGGUUGUAGCUGUGGGUUGGCUCAGGCGGAGGGCUGUAUAUUGUUUGCACUGUUGGCAUUUUUAAUUUGCUGAUGACAUUUGCUUUCACGGAUUAUUAUACGUGUUUAAAUCAUAGCUUCUAAUCAAAUGCAAGGUGUGAUUUUUAUUUUAUGUUUUUGCUUGUGAUUGUUGCUGUGGUGUAUUUCAGCUUUUGUAAACAUUGCCUUAUUAAUAAAGAUGGUUUUGCAGCACCAAAAACAGCACUUUUUCCUAAAUGUGUGGCUCACGGUCACUCAGAAUCAGGUUGUGUGCGUUGGGUGUGUGUUCGGCUCACCGUGGAGGCCGCCCCCGUCUCCCUUGGGGAUAAUUGCACGUGUGUUUAAACAAAGGGACUGGGUGCUGCAGAAUCAUCUCUUCAUGUGUAUUGUGUUCAGACAACGGCCGAUAACAUCUGCUUUCCCUCAUGCUGUUUGAAUCAUUUGGAUUUGUGUCAUUGGAGCUUUUUAGAAUUUUCAAGGGAAAUAAAAAUGUAAAGAGUG